CUGAACAGUAACCUACAGGUCGGAUCGCAUCAAUGCGAGUAUCCAUUCACGCCCACAGUACUGGCCCAUGCGUUCCGCCCACGAGGAGUAUCGUUCGAUCCUGAUGAGGAUCCGUCACAUGUUAUCGGUGAUAUUCAUUUCAACGACGACGUGCCAUGGACUCCUCCUCUAUUGCUUUCGACCGCGAUACAUGAAAUCGGACAUGCGCUGGGACUGCCACAUGUUGGUGAUGUGAACAGUAUCAUGUAUCCGAUACUUGUCGAAGGGCAGCAGUUUACUCCACAGGAUAUAUACACCAUCCAAAGCCUGUACGGUAAGUUCUGGACCUAUUCCAACACUUAUCUGUUUGGUGCGCGAUUGAAACUUAUUGAGAAAACGGUAAAAACAGCAACCCAGUUCACAGGUAAUCCGAGUGACCAUUUGAGGUGA